CACGCGCUCCGGCCCAGCACUCCGUUUGGCGAGACGAAAGUCGCACCACAGAACCAGCAGCUCCGUACACAAUCAAGAUGUUCGCUCAGCUGGCCAUCAUUGCGCUGCUGGCUGCCUCGAUCAGCCAACAACCUGUUCAGGGCAGGGGCCAGAAGGAGGAUCUCCUGAUAGCCGUGGGCACACUAGAGGAACAAGUGCAAGAGCUCAAGCAGAAGAUUGUUGCCCUGCCGAACACAGGCGCCCUCUGCCCGUACCCGUACCAGCAGGUGCUGGACGAGUGCUUUUAUGUGAGCAAGGUCAGCCUGAACUGGAAUCAAGCGCGACAGUACUGCCAGGGUAUGCAGGGCGACCUGGCCACACCCAGGAACGUCUAUGCUCUCAAGUCCUACGUCAUCGAGACUGGUGCAGCUUCGACCCAGGUUUGGCUGGGAGCAACCGACCAAUCCUCGGAGGGAACGUGGAACUGGCUUGACGGUCGCCCCAUCACCUCAGACUGGGCUAACGGGAUGCCUGAUAACUACUCAGGCAAUGAGAACUGCCUUGACCUCAGGAUCAAGUGGCAUCCCCCGCUCAACGAUUCCGUGUGCGAAGUGGCUGAGCGAUUUGUGUGCCAGUACAAUCUUUAAUGUUGAGAUGUCUUUUAUGACUGAUUUUGUAUUCUUAUAAAUGUGUACUUUUACAUAAUAAAUAAUAAUGAUUUUUUUUUUCAGAAGUAUU